AUGGUGCAUGUGAAGAUGGCCCCUCUUCUGCUCGCGGCCUGUUUGAUGGGAAGCUGGGUCUGCGCUCUGCCCGAACCCGACGGUGGGCAUGGCCAUGGCGGAGGGCAUGGCCAUGGCGGAGGGCAUGGCCAUGGCGGUGGACAUGGGCAUGGUAGUGGACAUGGAAAUGGGGGUGGCUAUGGAUAUGGCCAUAGUCAAGGCGGUGGUUACGGAUAUGGCCACAGCGGUGGAUAUGGCCAUGACAGCGGGUACGGUCACAGCGGAGGUUACGGACAUGGCCAUGACAGCGGAGAUUACGGACAUGGCCAUGACAGCGGAGGUUACGGACAUGGCCAUGACAGCGGGUACGGUCACAGCGGUGGUUACGGACAUGACCAUGACAACGGAGGUUACGGACAUGGCCAUGACAGCGGGUACGGUCAUAGCGGAGGUUACGGACAUGGCCAAGACAGCGGAGGUUACGGACAUGGCCAUGGUGGGGGAUUUGGCAAUGGCUUCGGCUUCGGAGGAGGCUUUGGCAACGGUUUCGGAGGAGGCUUUGGCAGCGACUUCGGCUUCGGUGGAGGAUUUGACAACGGCUUCGGCUUCGGAGGAGGAGGAUUUGGCAACUUUGCCUAA